CAGCAGCAGCAGCAGCAGCAACGUAAUGGAGCCUUCUGAAGAUAAUCUGGUUUCCAGAUAAUGAAUAUAUGGAUAACUAUGUAGGUGUACACAGUUCACCUGCAUGUGCCACGUACCACUAGCUUAUUUGGCAUAGUAGAAUGGCACAACGAGGCAAGAGGCAUAGAAACGACAAUGAUCUGGCGUCUUGUCCGGGCGCUAUUAAAAGGCGCAAAUGUAGAUUGGGCCCAGCUGCCACUGGUUCAUCGGCACUGGCAGCGACCAUGGGGCCCUCCGAAGAAGAGGAAACGAUGGCGUCAUCCAGCCAAGGGGGGGCAUCCUGGACCGCCCGGUCUGUCAGUGAUAUCAAGAUUCCCAGUAUAUAUAAUCGUUCGUCCGCGGAAGCGCCAGCAGAGUUAUUUCGUAAAGACCUGAUCAGCGCUAUGAAAUUGCCGGACAAUGAACCAUUGAGUCCAAACGAGUAUUGGGUUAUAACUGAUCAGUGGAAACAAGAGUGGGAAAGGGGUGUUCAAGUACCCGUUAAUCCGGAUUCUCUUCCCGAACCAACGGUUACUGUUACACAGGCGUCUCUUUUGAAGUUACAAUCUGAAUUCAAAUUGCCUAAAAAGUUAAUAAGAAUAUCUCGGGAUGAUUAUUUUAACUCAGAAGAUCAUCAUUUAAGUACUACUCCUGCGAGAGCGGAGAAAGCCUGUGCUUACGACCUUGAUGAUACUGACAUUGCCUGGUUGGAAGUAUUCAAUGGUGAACGGGCACAGGCUGGACAACCGCCAGUUACAGAAUCACAGUUGGAACGGGUUAUAGAAGAAUUGGAAGUGCGAUGUUGGGAAAGGAUUCAAACAAUCGUGAAGAAUGAGGAAGGACUUGGAAUUGAGUACGACGAAAAUGUCAUUUGUGACGUUUGCAGAUCGCCGGAUUCCGAAGAGGGUAAUGAGAUGGUGUUUUGUGAUUGUUGCAACAUAUGUGUACAUCAAGCUUGUUACGGCAUUACUUCAAUACCCGAUGGCUCUUGGUUGUGUAGAACUUGUUCAUUAAGUCAAAGACCCGAUUGUGUAUUAUGCCCUAAUAAGGGCGGUGCAAUGAAGUGCACACGGAGCGGUCAAAAAUGGGCUCACGUCUCGUGUGCACUUUGGAUUCCCGAAGUUAGCAUUGGUUGUGUAGAGAGAAUGGAACCAAUUACAAAAAUAUCCAGUAUUCCGCAAAGUCGAUGGGCCUUAAUUUGCGUUUUAUGCCGCGAACGUGUGGGUGCUUGCAUCCAGUGCAGUAUAAAGACGUGUAAAACAGCGUAUCACGUUACGUGUGCUUUUAAAUAUGGGUUGGAAAUGAAGGCUAUUAUCGAGGAUGAAAUGGCAGACGACGGUGUAAAAUUAAGGUCGUAUUGUCAAAAGCAUAGUAGAACAAAUACAAAAGAUAAAGUCGGCGUUGGCGGUAGCGUGGGAAGUGGUGGAAAGGGUGGGUCAGAUUCCGAGGAUGGUGAAUCUAGACGACGAAAACGGAAGGAUAUGACUUCUGAGGAAAAAAAUCAAGCACGCGCAGCUAAGCUGCAAGAAAUUGAAGCGGAAUUUGAUAAACAUGUUAGUAUAAAGGACAUUACUUCCCAGCAAUUGGAUAUAGAUCCUGAUAGCAUCAUAUACAUAUAUAAUUAUUGGAAACUGAAGAGACGAGCCGGUCAUAAUAAACCAUUGUUAGCUCCUCGUUGCGGUGAACUUUCGAGCGCGGGAGCACGCGCUCAGGGUCAAGCGGCCGAUGUAGAAAAGAUGCGUACGUUCGUUCAGCUGCGACAAGAUCUGGAACGCGUGCGAAAUUUGUGUUACAUGGUCGGUCGUCGCGAGAAACUCUGUCGCUCUUUCCUGAGAUUGCGCGAACAAACCUUCCACAAACAGGCAAUGGUAAUGGCUGGACCGCCCCUAUCUCCAACGACGGUCGCUGCUAUUAUCGAAGCCAAUCACGGACCUUCAAUAUACGAUCGUCUCUACUCUCAUCCCGAUGCCGAGGAUCACACACAUGACUUUAAUACAAUACUCGCUCGAAUUAAGAUUGAGUCACCUACACCAUUGUCUAACGACGAAAAGAAAGUACAACCGGACUUCAAUGGUGCAUCCAAUAAGAAACCCUAUUUCAACGGUUCGGUUAGAGGGAAGAGCCUGUACGGUAGCGAUUUGUCGUCUAUGAGUAGUAGCGAAACGGACGCAGUGAAACCGGAAAGAAAAACCACUGGCAAAAUCACGAACAAGUCUAAAAAUUUGAAGAUCGAGACCGAGACAAGUUCGGAAGAUGAAAGAAAUGCAACAUCGAAGAAUAAAACUCCAGCCAGGCGGAAAACGAAGAAGAACGCACCAGACAGGUCACGAGUCAAACUGCGCGAAAGCAGCGAGAGCGAUAAGCUAGACAUGGUGAAUCGAUCACGUGGUCUACAGCAUAUGGUGGAGCUUGGUAGUUCUGGCAGCGAGAGUGACGAAUUGUUGCCAUUGAGUACCAAUGCCGGUUCUCGUCUUGGUCCGUCAGUAGCUUCCGCCAUAUACUCGGACACGGAUUCGGAUUCGCAGGAGCAUCAUUCCCACUCGGCCGUACUUAUCACGAAAGCUGCGGUGAAGGAAUUCUCAGCGGCGGAUAUAUCGAAGAAUACACAGAAGAACUUUACAUGUAAGGAUGCUGCAAGAGCAGACUAUCAAGAUGAAUCCACGAAGAACAAGGAGAAUGUGAAAAAUUCCAAGAAGAAGGAAUACAUACCAUCUGCUCUGAUAGUCCCGCAGCGGCAGGCGGCGAAGAAGGCAUCGGAGAUAAUGCAACGAACACAAGGUAAGAAGGAGAAUACUGCGAGCGAGCCUGUAGAGUUCGUCAAAUCGCCUGGAGAACCUUUGAAACCGACUAAGGAAAAAUCAUCUGGCAAGAAACAACGCGACAACAAGGUGCCAAAAGACGCUAAGAAUAACGACGUUUACGAUUUUGACAAAGAGUUUGGCGACGGCACGGAAAUCCUUGCUUACGUGCCGCAGCGACAGGCUGCAAAGAAAGCUGCGGAGCAUAUCAAGAGCGGCAUGGGUACGAAAACUGCUCAAACGGAUCUCGAGACCGCGGACGGAAAACCAAAGAAGGAAUUGCCGGAUGGUGGUAAGAAGAAAGAGAUCAAGAAGGAGGAGUCUCCCAAGAAGGAAGAGCCGAUAAGAAAGGAGGAACCGCUAUUAAAAGAGAGACGGGGAAAGAAACCGGUGCCUGAAAGCAGCAAUAGUGAGAGCAGUAGUAGUGACAGCAGUAGCGGUAGCAGUUCCUCGGAGAGCAGCAGUGAUUCCGAUGUAACUAAGAGUCCGAAACAGAAGAUGUCGAGCAUCGCUAAAGAACCGGCUUCCUCUUCGACCACUACCACUACCACGUCCUCCGAAAGUGAUAACGGUAAUCAGGUGAAGAGCAAAACGGCAAACAAACGGCAGACAAUGAAUAAAAUCGCGGACGAAACGGUUGAGUCUGAGAAAAGGGCUGUCGCGGGGCGGAAACUCAAGAAGCUGCCCGAUAAGAAGCUUAAAACUUCCGACGGGCGGCAUGGACCAGAGUUUCAGCCGCCGCUUACUGAGAGAGAAGAAUCAGGUAGAACCGCAGUACCUAAGGAGCAGCAACAGACUCAACAGGCGCAGCAACAGCCCGGUAAGAAAGCCGAUCAAAGAGACUCAGCAACCAAAAGAUCGGCAACCGUGCAAUCCCAACCAGUUGAAAGUGUGCUCGGUGGCUCUCGAAAUAAUGAUGGGUUACGAGGUGUUUCUGGGGCCAAAUCUACCAAGAAGUCCAGCCAAUCCAUCAAGCAGGCGCAACAACAACAACAGUCUACUUUCAGAAGCAAGGACGACAGCGGUGCAGCAACGUCCAGAGCGAAAUCGGAGACGCGCAAACGAAAAUCAAGUGAAAUUAGCGCAAAGGAGGACAAGAGUAACAAGGAGACGUCAUCGCUCAAGAAAGUGGAGAAGAAAUUAACGGAAAAGAUAUCCAAGGAAACCGAGAAAGAUAAUAAACACGAUACCACUAGUAUUAAAAAUGUCCCGGAAGUCAUAGAACCAAGUCCAAAAGCGACCGAAAAUACUCCUAAGGUAGAUGAUAAGAAGAUCAAGAAAACAAGUAAUAAGAAUGCUAUUAACAUUCUGGAGGAAGAGAUGAAACAACGACGGGCUGAACGAGACAGUCCAAAGAAGUCAUCGAGGGGACUGGACAAGCUCCUUGAGAAACGCGAGCACCUCGACAAAUUGUCAAGGAGCAGAAUCGCCGUUCAGCAGGAGCGAUUUAACGAGGAGAAUAAAGACAUAAAGAUUGUGGCAUCCGUCGCGAAGGAGUCUGCCAAGAACGAGGACAUUAAGAAUCACAUGAACGAGGAAGUCGCAGUGUUAGACACCAUGAAAUUGGAAAAAGAAGAUAUAAAGAAGAAUGUCGAAAUUAUAGCGGAGAAGUCUACGGAUAGAAAGAAGAAGACAGAGCGGAAACUUGAGAUCGAGACGCAGACUGCUGUCGAGAUGAUUACGAUCGAGGAGACCGUUGCCAAGGAGUCGAACGAUAAUAUUUGCUCGAUGCCUGAUAAAAUCUCUACCGCAUUAACAGAGAACGUGAUGUCCGAGAAAGAAUGUCAGCAGAAGAGAAGAAAGUCCGUAAAUCGUUCUAUCUUCUCGCCGCAACAUGGCAGCAAGGAUCCCAGCGUGUCGGAGCUGUUCGACUUUGAUCAAGACAUGUUAACCGAUGAUAUAGUAAAUGACGAUGGUUUCAGCAUACCACGUGACGAGGAACGAGGAGCAGCGCCGCUUUCAUUCUCUUUCAACAACGAGCUCUGGUUCAAGGAAGACUCGAAGGAGGACAGCGCGCGGGAGACACUGCAUUUGGUGGAAAAGUUGCGUAUGGAGUUAUCCAAGAAGUCGAAUUCUAGUCAGUUUGAGUUAGAAUCUAUGCCGGCGGAAGAGGAGCUUCCGAAGAAGGAGGAGCCGUCUCUUCAUCCGGUUGAGAAACCAACGGAAGAGCAGUCACUGCUUCAGGAAAAGAUAGAUGUGCAGAAACAGCUACCAGUACAAGGACAACAGCAGCAGCAACAACCACCAGUUGUGCCGGUCGAAAUUAAGAGUAACAGCACUUCGGAACCCACGCAGAUAUCAGAGGAUCUCACAUGCAAGAAUCACACUAUGGAGGACAAGAGGAAGCCUUGCUAUUCGAGCAACAGUAAUAACGAGCACUACAUGUACGGGAACGAGGAACGCGAGACGGCCAAAGUGACAGUAGUGGAGCGUGCGAAGCUCGAUAGAGCCGAGGCAGACGAGAGAUGGGUGCCGCCGAGUAUAGACAAUUUUAAUCCGAGUGACGUGCAACACCUCAAUACGCUGAUCGACAACCAGAAUCAUCGUUACGUUGCGGCGGCCGCUGCUGCCGUUCAUCCAUUCCCGAACGACAUCGGUGCCGUGAUACCAGACCCCGCGAAUCCUGAUGCAGCUCUAGUCGCGCAUCUUCAGCUUAACAUGCAGGAUCAGUAUCUACAGUUGCAGCAGGCGCAUCCGAUGGAACGGGUGCAGCAUCUCGAGGCGCAGCACGCCGUGGUGCAGGAGCAGUCGCGCGUGCAGUCGCUCGCGAUGAUAGCGGCAGAUCAGCAGAUGACGGCAGCCGGUGCAGCGGGGAUACCCGCGCAGAUCGUCGAUGAGAUCACGCCCAUGGAGAUGGUGAACCGUCACCUGAUCGGCCUGCCCAAUUCGGAGGACGAUCAGGGCAGCGAGAUGGAUCGCGUGUUGGACAAGGAGGACGUCUCGUCGGACAUGAGACAGGAUUACGCGCAGAGCGGCUCGCCCUACAACGAGCUUAACGGUCGACCGGACACGCGAUGGGCCGAGAGCCAAGUUUUACCCUCGCGACGGUCUACCUCGUCGUCCAUCACGUCUGCGUCCUCCGCGGAAGAGCAUACGGCUAUUCCUCCUUACAAGAACGUACCGAUGUCUUAUCCGCCGUGUUCAAUGGACGCGACGCCUUACCACACGUAUUCGGAGACCGGUUCUUACGGCGCUGGAGCCGUUUCGCUGUUCCCACCGCAAUCGUGCGCCGCUCCAUUACCUUAUCCGUCAUCAUUCCCGCCGCCUUUCGGCGCCCCUUUUCCGACGCCGCAGACCCUGUUGCCACAUGUAUCGAAGCCGCUUGAGGAGUCCCUCAGCAUCGGUGCGUCGCCGUGCACCGCCGCGUUCACCUCGUCGUCGCAUAACAUGGCCCUCACCGCGGCUAUGGUAUCGCCGACAAAGGUGACCACGCCGCCGCCGGCACCGCCACAACCAGCACCGGUGUCACAGCAGCAACAACCACCGCAACCACAACCGCAACAACAGCAAUCACCGGCAACGCAACCACCACCGUCCUCGGAAGCGCCGCCGUCGUCGGGGCACGCGCCAUCUUUGCUUCAGCCGCAGCCGGCCAACUCGCCCGCCGUUCCGGCGACCUUUCUUAACACCAUCGCGGAAACACAGGCCAGCAGCAACGAAAGUACUGUCGCGGAGAACAUCGCGGAAGUACUUAGCGCAGACAACAAGACCGCAUCGUCCGGUAAGAAAUCGCCAUCGAAACCGACGAGAACGUCCGCCAGGGUGACGUCCUUGCAGGGUAAAUCGCCUGGUAAAUCGCCGCGUCAGGAAACGACGACGAAAUCCGCGCCGAGCUCUCGCGGUCGCAGCAGGAGCUCCAAGGGCUCCCAGCAGAGCUACCGAGGUCGUGGCCGCGGCCGAGGACGGGGACGCGGUAGGAACAACCAGAACUCGUCAAUUACGAUGAUACCGAUGUCGAACGCGCUGCACAACGACGAUUCCAUUCAAAACAAGCUGGUCGGCACCGUGUACGAUUUCGACUCAGACGAGGACUCUGCGAACGAGACCAACAUCGCGGAUCUGCGGACGAUGCGCGAGCGCAAGAAGUCCACGGACGAGAAGAAUCGCGUGAGCGAGCCCCUCGGUGCCGUGGCGAGUGACGGUGGUGUUCACCAGUCCCAUCUGUCCAGUCCUACGCUGCACGUCACGAAGAAGUACGUCGACGACAAGAAGCUCGCGUCGCCGGCGGCGCAUCACGACCACCAGGCCGCCGUAGCCAAAUCCGAGUCGACCAGCAGCCAUCAGUUCGCCGACACGGUGAUGCCGCUAUUACCGGGGCCUGUGGACAUGCGUACCUACAAUUCGACCGUGGACCAGUCGAGCUCGUCGGUCCACGGCCAGCCGUAUGGUAAUCACUUGUUAGGUAGCUUAGGCGCGAGCGUCGGCGCCGACUCAAACCUGCCGGAACUCGAUGACUUGCUGCACGAAGACUGCUUGCUGAAGAAGACCGUCGGUAAGCAGCAACAGCUCGCAAGCGGCGGCGGCUUCGAGGAGCCUUGCGCGAAACCGGGCGCUUUCGGCGAUCCGUCGGCGAUUGACCCGUCGUCCGUGCCCAGUUUCGAUGCCAACAAGGUUUCCCUGAGCGAUUCCCGAAAUCAGCUAAAGGUGAAAAUCAAAGGUCCAUUCCUGGAUGCGAAUUAUACAACAUCAGUGCCGCCGUUGGCGCAGCAGGCGCCGGUGAUCAUCACACCGACCGCGACCAGCGCGUCCGUUGCUUCGGGCACAUCGAAUCUACGUCGCAUGCGGAAGAAGGAGCUGUUGCGUCAAUACUGUUCGCAGGACAUGAACAUGGACGAUCCUGCAUGCGGUAGUGUUGCCUCCGCGCCUAUCAUCAUUCCACCUAUCAAUCCAAAUCGCACAGUUAUCACUAUCCCGAAAGCCGUGGCCUCUAUGACAAGUAUACCGACGCGCGAAGACUACAAGGCGGUCGUUGAUGCGAACAUGGAGAAGAAGCGACGGAAGGAGCGCGGCGGUGGUACGAGUGGCGGCAGUAGCUUCCUCGAUGUAGUUGCUGGCGAAGAGGAGAGCAGCUCCGACAGGAAGCGUGGCCUUAUGGUUGGCACGGUCAGCGAUCGCAGGAGAGGCAGGCAAACCCGGCCGACCGCCACUACGGUGACGAACAGCAUUGGUGGGCCACCGAAGCUGAAGAUCAAGAUCGGCAACAGUAUAAUCGGCGGGCAGGAGAUAUGUAAUGUGCAGGACGAUCGUAGCAGGAUAAGACCGCCCAAGAAGCGGCUGAGCAGCAUCCCGAGCACACCGAGCAUGGAGGAACUCCGCCGUGAGAGCAUGAAGUUCCGUAAGAUGAUCAUGGCGGGCUUCGACAACGACGAGAAGACAAAGACCAAGCGAGACAAGAAUGGCAAGCGGAAGAAGCGGCAGUCGAGCAAGAAGGAGGCGCGGGUGCAGAUUCUGGAGGGUGGCGCCGCGCCACCCAAGCUCAUCAUACGGCUGGGCAAGGCACCCCCGGCGGUGGGCGCCAAUUCCAAUUCGUCAGCGAACGACGCUGCGGCGAACAACGGCGCGUCUGCGGCUGCCACCUCCGGCGACGGAGAUGACAAUCAGCAGCAGCAGGCGACAUCGGACAACAAGGACAGCCGAGUAGGUCCGCCGCCACCCGAGCCCACCAAAGAGGAGACCGGAGUCUACUCGAUGGAGGGAAGCGGCGGCAUCGACGAGAAGCAGCCGAGUGACCCGAACGCGAGCGUUACUGCGGGCGCCCUCAGGAACGUCCGGUCGGCGAAGGUGACGCCGAUCCGAUUAAAACUGACCCGCUGUCAUGAGGGCUACGAACUGAAGGAUCCGGUUGUAGCGAGUAGUGUGGACGACGACGGUGGUAGUGGUGGUAGCAGCAGUACUAGUGCUAGCACAACGAUGACGGUAACGUCCUUGGUGAACUCGGCGGCGCCGUUGCCGAUGGGCGUCGUCGAGCUGGAGAAGGCGACGGCGGUGACGGUGACGGCAGCGGAACGCUCGUUGUCGGCCGCCGACGUCGCCAUCUCCAUCACCGACAGGACGAGAGCCGCCGAACGUUGCGAGGAGCAGCAACCGCCGUGCAUGGAGAAGCAAUCUUCCAAAGAGGACGAUAUUCCAUUGCUGCCUCCGCAGUCCGCGAAUCACAGCUCGCCGGGGUGUCCGCCCGCACCGCUCCCGCAAGGAUGCCAAGUUAGGUGAUAAUUAAUGAUAAUUGUAUAAUACGGUAAUUUAGUGAUCUUCUUUCUUAGACGAUUUUUCUGCGUGCGCGUGUGUGAUUUCUACGUACGAUGCGUGCACGGCAUCGCAUCGCUCCCCUUGUCGUGUUCCUCGUGCGUAAGAUGUACUCGUUGAACACACAGACAGAACACACGUUCGCUACACACAGUACACACACGAUAUACACACACACACACACACACACACAACACGUGCAUACAAAAUAGAAGGUGUAUAUUGUUUAUUACUGAGAUAGAGACUCGGUAGAAGUGUUGUAAGAGUGUAAGAUAAAUUAUUGAUUAUUGUAAAUGAUCUGAGGGUGAAGUGAAAUUUCACAAAGUGCCCAAAAUUUUAACCGCAAAUACUAAAAAAAAAUAAUGUGCAUUUGGUCGCGUGUAUCGAUGGUCCACACUAAGGUGUCCCCUCGUUGCGCGUCGCUGUAAAAUCUAUCGCCCAUUCGUAUAUUCUUUGUGCAACCACUUCAUAAUAUGGAUCAUUGGCCAAUCUCAAUCAAUUUCAAUUAGAACAAAACACAACGAUGAUAUUAACUUUUUUUUUGUUUUUUUUUUAACGGGCAUCACGAGAGAGCUCUCCUCUAAAGAUCUUCUAAAGAUUCACAGAAUCUCUUCUAAAGAGAUUCCGCGAGAGAAGAGUAUGUGCUUGCCGAUCAACCACAACUUGUCAUUGUCAUUUUUACUCACCGCAUAACUACCGUCUAACUAUUUAUUACUCAAGCCUGUAGAAACUGUCUCUGUAGAAACGCAGCGCACACAGAUUAAAUCCCUCCUUAAAUGUUUGUCGACGUGCCGACGCUCAAAGACUUUUUCACACGCUCGUCGAUGUGACCUCAAAGCAAUAUGAUGAUCAGGUGUGGACAUAAACCGGUACAGCAACGUAUUAACGCACGAAACUCCUGAACGAGAACAAGCUUCAUGGCUCGUGUGCAACGAUCGACACCUUAAUGAGGUAUCGCGGCAGCGACGUAAAAUUACCUUGUACAAGCAUAUGUCUCAAAUCACCGCUUAGGUCGUGAUUUUUAAAUGCUAGAUAUAACGAAUUUUAAUAAAACACAAUAUUAUUAUAUAAUAUUUCGAGCGAUAUACGACCGAUAUCGACUUAUUAAUGUGGCAAGGGAAGCGUAUACCAACAUGGAACGUGAAGCACCAAAUGAGAAAAGGGAUACGCAUUCUUUUUUACUUUCAGAACAAACCCUUUUUUGACACACAAGUAUAAUAUUCAUUCAUGCUCCAAGGGGAAAGAAGGAAAAGAGAAAAAAAAAGAGGACGUGCUCUUUCGUGAUUUUGAUAAUUGUAACUUGUAUGCACUUUUUUUCGCGUUUGAUGAUUAAAUCUCUGCAGAGACGUAUUGUUUUGUAGUAAAACAAAUCGCCCGUUCUUCUCCUUUAUUUUCUUUCUUUCUUCCUUUUUGUUUUCGCUUCACGCUGUGCAAUCCGCACAUACGAUCACAAAGUUAGACGCGAAUUUGAAGAUAUUUUUUUAUUAUAUUUUUUUACACGUUAUAAAUAUAUAUAUAAUAUAUAUAUAUAUGAACACAUAUAUUACGUACGCGCCUCUCGCGCGAUUUGUUAUAUAGUUUUUUUAUAAGACGCGUCAUUUAUUAAUCGUCUAUUACCUAUUUUAUCCCUUUUCACGUUGUAGCUCUGCUGCGUGUAUUUAUUUAUGACGAUCAAUGUAAGACGCUAUUUAUUCACCAUGUAUUUUCCUUCGCUUCCCAAAAAUUUUAGACGAUUUUUUAGUUUCUUUUUUCUUUCUUUCUUUUAUUCCUCCUCUCUCUCUCUCUCUCUCUCUCUCUCUCUCUCUCUCUCUUUCUCUUUCUCUGUUUAGUAUCAUCCCAAUUACUAUGUACCACAUGCUAUUAUUAUUAUUAUUAUUAUUAUUAUUAUUAUUAUUAUUAUUAUUAUUAUUAUUAUCAUUAUUAAUAUUAUUAUUUUAUAUUAUUAUUAUCAUCAUCUAUUUCUUUUCUUUUUUUAUAUUAAGAAAUAUUGUUUUAAUUUUGCCACAUAGAUAACAAGAGUUAUGCGUAUAAAAUACUCAAUGGUCGAUGAAGCGGCGUGCCAUGUUUUGUAUCGAUAUUAAAAAGAAAGAAAAAAAAGAUUGCAACCAAAUUGCAAGUGUGAAAAGAGAAUAAGAAAAUUUGUUUCCUUUCGAAUACGCGUUACGUGCAUAUGAGAUUAGAAUCACGAGACAUAGACAUAAAAUGAAGAUAUUCCGUUAGAUUUGUUUUGUACGAGGCCGAAGAGCGAUGCACAUCUCGUCUCUCGUCAUCACCACCAUCAUCUUCACUCUCUUCGAGAAAGAAGAUUCCUGCAAGAGUUGCUCGUGAUUAUUUCUUCCUUUUUUACUUGUCGCAGCAUUUUAAUACCAGUAACAUUAUGUAACUAUUAAUUCUAAAAUACCUUAUUAAAUUACAAACAAGUAUAUGUUUGAACAUAGAAUAUCAAAUAUGUUUAAAGAUAAAAAAAAAUUUCGAGAUAUGACGAAUCGUUUUUGUGCGCGCAUGUUUUUUUUUGUCAAAUAAUUAUUCAACUGUUAAAUUUAAAGGGAGUAAUAACAUAUCUAUAAUUACACUUAAUGAAAAUGCAUUAUGAUGAGAAUGUACAUGAAAGACAAAGAGAUGUGUCUCUCAAAAAAAAAUCUAAAAUUUUUGAUACAAAAUGCUCAUGUUUUUUUGUUAAUGUAUUUAUUUAUUUUUCGCGUCUUUUUGUUAUUGUGUCUUAAAUUACUGGUAUGUGAAGGUAUUGAGAAGAAAAAUUGAAGAGCUGUGGACAAGCAAUUAGGUGAGAUUUGACGAGGAAGAUUAGCGGCGACUGAAAGUCGAUUGCAUGCAAUCGUGGGGUGCGUUUGUAUAAUGAAACGCGUAAUAAGCGAAACUGACAUUGUGAGAUUGUUUGCGUUUUUCUUCAGAGUCAAAUGUUUGUGCGCGCCGAUGGGAAAUCUUACCGAUUGCUGAUCCUUUGAUAAACGUGCAAUUGUUACGACGUCCGUAGGGUCCUUCGUCCCCGCACAUUAUCGAUUGUAGAGUGAAAAAUAAUUGUGGGAGCCGCGUACUAGAAAAGAUGGCAAAGUUUUCACGAGAAAGAUUUUCACGUUUUAAUGAAGACAGAACGAACAUCAGCGGCGAUGUCGAGGUAAAAACUGAAUGUAAAAGCACAACAGAAGUAUAACAAAAUUUCCAGGCAAAUUCAAAGUUAUCCUCUGUUCAAAUGGUUCUGCACUCACUUUUCAUUCUACAAUUGUAAUAUGACGUGCAGGAUAAGAAUUUGUACAUAUUCGUAUAUCAGAUAAGACACAGGAAUCUGUAAUUGGUAUGAAGCUUGUAUAACGGCUGUGUUACCGUAUGAAUCUUAUCUUCCAGAUGGUUUUUAGUUGCUCUCUUUCUGGGAUUCAAACAUGUUAAAAAAAAUGUAGGGGAAAAAAACAAAAAAAGAUUAAUGCAUGAUCGCGCCGAAAGACUUUCAACACCUCUUUCAGCAAAGAUCGUUAAUCAUAUUUUAAAAGGAAAACAUCGUAACUUGUUAUUGAUCGACAAACUUUCCUAGAUUGUCCGAGGAUGAAAAUAAAGCACAGCAGAAUAAUUAAUACUAAAAAAAGAACAUUUAUUUCGCGAUAUCUUCAAAAUUUUUAUUUCAACUGCGGGCAAAUACUCUCGGUCUUCUUUAUCAUUCAAGCAAAACUUACGCGCAUGUACCAGAAAAGUUGUUGAUUUUAACAAGCCGAAAUUUUUGUAAUCAAUCGUGAAAAGUAUCUUCCAUGUACAUACUUGCGCGAACGCGGAGGGCUAAAGGGUAAAAUAGUUUUUUGCCGCGAUCUUGCGAUAUCGUGAAAAAGGUAAAGAAGAGUGAGAAAAAGUACGAGGGAAAGAUAGAGAAAGAGAAAAUGAGCAAAUGAGUGAGUUGUUUUGAGAAAAAAGCUGUUUGAGUAUUUAAUUAAAUUUUUCAAUUUGGUUAAAUUUCUUGAAUUUAAAUAUUUAUUUCAAUUAUACAAAUAAAUGAAUUGGAGUUCAAGUAUUUUAUGUAUUUAAAUUUAAUACAGGAAUACUUGAACUAAAGAAAUUUAAUUAAGUUGAAAAUUUAGUCAAAUUAACAACUUUUUCUCCGUGAACGUGAAAGCGAAAGAAAUGUGUAUGUGUGUAAGUAUGUACGAGAGAGAAAGAGAAAGAGAGAGAGAGAGAGAGAAAGUGUGUGAGAAAGUUUGGCGAUACCGUUUCGUCCCAAUACUUUAUUGUCAUAACUCUUUAUUUUCUUGUUAUAGAGCGCAAAGAAAAAAAA